AUUUGUCGCUCUUUCACUGUCGUUUUUUGAUGACCAUUGAGAUUUCAUUGUGAUUUGUUUAGCCUUAGUCUUCCUUUCCUUGUUAUAUAUACAAAUAGUGCGAACCACUCAACUCAUGUUUGACCUAUUUGUAUCGUCAUUGACUCUUGACAAACAUGUCUGCUCAAACGCUUACACGAGCGGCUGCACUCACGCGAGUCUUGGGCCAGUCAGGUCGUCGCUACCUCGUCGAACGCAUUCUUCAAGACAAACCUGGGGACCAGGGACGUGUGUAUCUCGCAACCUCUAGAGACCACAAGUACGUCUUAAAAGGCGUUGUACUAUGCGACUUUAAAUAUUUUAAGGAUAUGUUCGAUGACCUUCGGAGCUCACCCUACCUACGCGUGUUCGACGAUGCUUGCCCCGACAAAUCUGUGUUCGUAUACAAGUACCUUCGAGACCACCUUCUGUCUUUUGUCCAAAAUGAAGUUCCACUUCCCACAACUAAGCGAAUCCUCUGAGACACCCUGUGUGGAAUCGCUACUCUACAUAGCAAAGGAAUCGUUCAUACCGAUAUUAAGGCGAACAACAUCUUGAUAGAAUGGAAGGACCAGGGUGGCGAGAUAGCAGUGGAGCAAGUGUAGGUUGCGGACAUUGAGGAUGCGGCCUAUGUAUCACAAGAUUGUGUUAUCAAGGGAAGACAAGUUGGAAAUUGGAUGUGGCGAAGUCCAGAGGCGCACGCAUCGGCUGAAGUGCACACGCCGUCAGAUAUGUUCUCUUUUGGACUUGUGGUAAGUCUCUCUUCAAUCUUCGAAAGUCCCUAAUCUGAAGCAAUGCAUUGCAUCUAUGCCAUCACAAAACGAGUGGUACUCGCAGUAGACGAAGAAGAGAUUCCAGAGCGCAUCGAACUUUUGGACAUUGUUCUCGAACGUCAGCUUUCGUACUUCUCUGAUCUAGAGGGUAUUGGCGGUCUAAUUCGGUACCUUGGCGAUAGUCCCUGGGCUCAGCUCAUUGCAAUGAUAGCGGCGGACUUUAAUGCAGACAAUCCAAGGCGACUGUUUGCAUUGUGGCAGGUAGACUCCGCAACAAUCAAUUCAAUCCGGUCACUCUCC